AUGAAUCCCUCACACCCCUUUUCAUCAUCACCCCAACACCCAUCUUCAUCCUCGCAAGAGGAUGACGAUGAUCUCAUUGCUACAAUACAAUCACAAAAACAAGCACUACUAAGUACGUAUGCUAACAACAAUGCUGCCAUGGCUUACUGUUUGGAGAUUAUGUCUACUCAAGCCAUCAACCCAAGUCAUGGCGGGUCAAUUUCUGGGCAUAGAGUGAUUCACCGUGACCGUGAAGAUGGUGAUCGAAGAUUACAUGCUGAUUAUUUUUCAGAAAAUCCAAAAUAUAAUGAGGCAAUAUUUCGUAGACGAUUUCGAAUGAGUCGAAAUUUGUUCUUACGAAUUGCCAAUGCUGUUGCAGAGCACGACAAUUACUUUGUGCAACGGAGAGAUACAAUCGGUAGACUAGGCUUGUCUACUUUACAAAAAGUAACAUCAGCAUUUCGAAUUUUGGCAUAUGGAGUAGCAGCAGAUGCAACCGAUGAAUACAUCCAAAUUGGGGAAUCAACAGCAAUUGAAAGUUUGAAGAGAUUUUGCAGAGCGGUCGUAGAGGUCUUUGGACAACGCUAUCUAAGAGCGCCAGAUGCUAAUGAUGUUGCAAGGUUGCUUGAAAUUGGUGAGAGGCGUGGCUUUCCAGGGAUGCUUGGGAGUUUAGACUUCAUGCAUUGGACUUGGAAAAACUGUCCAACAGCUUGGGCCGGACAAUAUGCUGGGCGUAGUCGAGAACCAACUAUUGUUCUCGAGGCCGUAGCUGAUUAUGAUUUGUGGAUUUGGCAUGCACAUUUUGGUUUGCCGGGGUCGAAUAAUGAUAUUAAUGUGUUGAAGGCAUCACAUUUGUUUGCAAACAUUGCAAAUGGUACGGCACCUCCUGCUCAUUAUGUUAUUCAAGGGAAAGUGUACGAUACAUGA